GUAUCUGUCACAACUACUCUAAUAUUCUCGGUCGAUCUUCAACCUUUCUCUCACUAAAACGUAGAGAGGGAAAGAAGACCUUUCUCGAUCGAAAUCAAAGAAAUUAACAUGGGUAAUUGUGCUAGUGAACCAAAGACCAAGGGUGAUGAUGCUGCUGCAGUCCCAGUACCCGAGCCCAGGAAGGAGGAAUCGGUUCAGGCCAAGGAUGUGAAUGCUGAGCAGCUGCAGGAAGAAAACAAGGAUGAACAAAAUAACGAUGGUGGUCAUAACAAGCAACCCUCUCUUGGGGCCUUGCUCAAGGAGGAAGAAGAGAAGACAGCUGAAGUUGCGGCAAAGCUAGAAGAAGAGAAGACAGCUGAAGUUGCGGCAAAGCUAGAAGAAGAGAAGACAGCUGAAGUUGCAACAAAGCUAAAAGAAGAGAAGACAGCUGAAGUUGCGGCAAAGCUAGAAGAAGCGGAAGAAAAGACAAAGGCCAUUGAGAAGAAAGAGGAGAUGGCAGUUGAGCUCGAGAAAGCACCUGAGGCAGCAGCAGCAGCAGCUGUAGUUACCCAAGAAGACAAGAAAUCUGCUAUUGAGGAGAUCAAGAAACCCCAAGAGGUGAAGGAGACAAAAGCAGAAGAGAUCAAGGAGACAAAAGCAGAAGAGACCAAGGAAACAAACCCAGAAAAGAUCAAGGAGACAAAUCCUGAAGUGAAGGACCAAAUUUGAAAUUAUACCUGCUUAUAAGGGAGUGACUGUGGGCUUGUAACUUGAACAUUAUUUACAACUUUGUGUUUCCAAUUUAUUGAAAUGGAUUAUAAGGUUAUAGGUUGUAGCUAUCACUAUAGCUAGUCAUGGGUUAGAGUGAUGGCUACAACCUUACCUCUUACCCUUCCCUUGUCAAUCAUUCUCACCUCAUCAACUUUCUCCUUAAUUUUAGGGUUA